AUGGAGCUUCGCGGGGCCGGCGGACGCGGCUCGUCGCCCGGGCAACCGGGAAGGCCAACGCUCCACCCAGGUGGCUGCGGCAAAAGCGGCCGCGAUGGUGUCCAACCCUGUGCAUGGCCUGCCCUUUCUCCCGGGCACGUCCUUCAAGGACUCCACGAAAACAGCAUUUCAUAGAAGCCAGACGCUGGGCUACAGGAAUGGCUAUGCAGUUGUUCGACGUCCAACGGUUGGGAUAGGCGGGGAGCGGCUCCAGGUCAACCAGCUGUCCCAGGCUGAGCUGGAUGAGUUGGCCAGCAAGGCACCAAUUUUAACUUAUGGCCAACCUAAGCAGGCCCCACCUGCACAAUUUAUUCCUGCACAUGUGGCUUUUGACAAAAAGGUGCUGAAAUUUGCUGCCUAUUUCCAAGAAGAUGUUCCUAUGUCAACUGAGGAACAUUAUAGGAUUCGUCAAGUGAACAUUUACUACUAUCUGGAAGAUGACAGCAUGUCUGUCAUGGAACCUGUUGUGGAAAACUCUGGGAUCCUUCAAGGCAAGUUAAUCAAACGCCAGCGGCUAACCAAGAAUGACCAGGGAGACCAUUACCAUUGGAAAGACCUAAAUCGAGGAAUAAACAUUACAAUUUAUGGCAAAACUUUCCGCAUUGUUGACUGUGACCGAUUCACACAGGUAUUUUUAGAAAGUCAAGGAAUUGAAUUAAAUCCUCCAGAGAAGAUGGCUCUUGAUCCUUACACUGAACUCCGGAAACAGCCUCUUCGUAAGUAUGUCACCCCAUCGGAUUUUGACCAACUGAAGCAGUUUCUCACCUUUGAUAAACAAGUUCUUCGAUUCUAUGCAAUCUGGGAUGAUACAGACAGCAUGUUUGGUGAAUGUCGGACCUACAUCAUUCAUUACUAUCUUAUGGAUGACACAGUGGAAAUUCGAGAAGUCCAUGAACGAAAUGAUGGGCGAGAUCCUUUCCCACUCCUGAUGAACCGCCAGCGCAUGCCGAAGGUUUUGGUGGAGAAUGCAAAGAAUUUCCCUCAGUGUGUGUUGGAGAUCUCUGAUCAAGAGGUGUUGGAAUGGUAUACUGCCAAAGACUUCAUCGUGGGGAAACCACUCACUAUCCUCGGGAGAACCUUCUUCAUCUAUGAUUGUGAUCCUUUCACUCGACAAUAUUACAAAGAAAAGUUUGGAAUCUCUGAUUUACCACGUAUUGAUGUGAGCAAGAAGGAGCCACCACCCGUGAAACCGGAGCUACCUCCCUAUAACGGCUAUGGACUCAUUGAAGACUCUGCUCAGAAUUGCUUUGUUCUCAUUCCAAAGGCUCCGAAAAAAGAUGUUAUUAAAAUGCUGGUGAACGAUAACAAGGUGCUUCGUUAUUUGGCUGCACUGGAAUCUCCCAUCCCAGAAGACAAAGGCCGCCGAUUUGUCUUCUCUUAUUUUCUUGCCAGUGACAUGAUCAGUAUCUUUGAGCCACCCGUCCGCAAUUCUGGCAUUAUUGGGGGCAAGUACCUUGGCAGAACUAAAGUUCUUAAACCAUCCUCGACCACGGAAAACCCCAUCUACUAUGGCCCGACUGACUUCUACAUUGGUGCUGUGAUUGAAGUGUUUGGCCACCGGUUUGUCAUCCUUGACACAGACGACUAUGUUUUGAAGUACAUGGAGAGCAAUGCUGCCCAGUAUUCACCAGAAGCACUCUUGUCCAUCCAGAACCGUGUUCAAAAGCAAGAAGCUCCUGCAACAGAAUUGGAAAAUGAAAAGCAGCAAGAAAUCAAGAACGGUGUUACUCAGCCUCCUGACUACCCAAAGCUCUGUGAGCAAGAAACUGCCUGUUCUGGGAGUGGGUCUACCUUCACUGAGACCAAGGGGAGAUCUUGGAUCAUGGAUCAAGAGCUAAGCAAGAAAACUCCAGAGGAUCCCGGUGUGCAAGAACUGGAGGCAUUAAUAGACACAAUCCACAAGCAACUGAAAGAUCAUCCAUGCAAAGACAACAUUCGCGAAGCAUUUCAAAUUUAUGACAAGGAAGCUUCAGGAUAUGUUGACAAGGAGAUGUUCUUUAAAAUCUGUGACUCUUUCAACCUGCCAGUUGAUGAUUCCUUGAUUAAGGAGUUGAUCAGGCUGUGCUCACACGGAGAAGACAAGAUCAACUACUAUCACUUCGUCCGUGCUUUCUCAAACUGACCCGCCUAGAUGGAGAACACAGCACAACGUUUUGAGGUUGGACCUACAUUUUGAAACACCUUGUGCUUUUCAUAGAGGCGUUCAUAGGGCUCUUAAAAUUAUAUUUUUUGGUUCUUAGAUUGAAACCUAAGAAUACUUAAGUCUAAAUUAAAUUGGAUCUUUUAAGAGCUAA